ACCUUCUCCUCCUCCAAAUCCCCGCAUUUCCACUUCUAUCAUAGCUCCUUGCAAUCAUGAGGUUCUGGCCAGCCUCCCCUCUCUAUACCUUACCCUUCUUCAUCCUCUCCCUCCUGCAACUAACAACAGCAGACACCUCCUCCAACACCCCCCCACAAAAACCCUGCACUGUAACCUCUGCUCAAAGCGGUAACUUCUUUGACCUCGGCCAGUUAACCCGCACCGCUGCCAGCACCUCUUCCCCGAGCAGCAGUGAAAGCAACACAGUCCACGACUGGACAGCCCGUGGACACGACUACACUGCAAACUUCACCCUGAACAUCUGCGCCCCCGUGGUCUCAAGUGUAGUUGACGUAGAGUCAGUACCUACUUCGCAAAAAUCCAAUAUUUCGGCAUUCUACAUCAGCCAGGAGGGUAAGCAGUACUCUAUCGGCGGUGUCUCCACGAGCCCGUACUUCCGGGGAAGGAAGCUGGUACUGGAGUACGUCGGUGGUUCGCCAUGUCCCACGCCGGAUGAUGCCGAUGAUGACGAGGAGAGGGAGAAGGAGAAGACCAGUAAGAAGAAGAAGAAGAAGGAAAGUGGGUACAGGAAGAGCACGAUAAUGUCCCACCUCUGCGACCGCGACGCCAUCAGGCCGGUCAUUAGCUUCGUCGGGGAGGUGAAUGAGUGCGGGUACUUUUUCGAAGUGCGAUCCUCGGCUGCGUGCCCGACUGUUGGAACGCAGGCCCUGGGCCCUGUUAGUGUUUUUGGCAUAAUGUAUCCCUCCUCUCCCCAAACCUCCCCUUGGGCCUGUUAGCUGUGCUAACAAACGCACAAUAGAGGACUAGUAGCAGCACUGGUAUACCUCGUCGGCGGUUGCAUGUACCAAAGAACGGUAAUGCACGCCAGGGGCUGGCGCCAGAUGCCGAACUAUGCAGUUUGGGCAAGCCUGGUCGGCGGCGUUUGGGUGGGUAUUCCUUCCAAAUUUUUUUGUCCCCGGCAUCUCUCCUCCUCUCCAACAUCCCCAUGGCUACAAAAGUCACCACAUCUUUCCACUUGGCAGCGGGCUUGAGUAGUAGCAAAAAAUGGAACACAUACACCCUACCGGCAAGGAGCGUUUUUGAACUUGGUCCAAAAGGCAUAGCCAAUAUACAAUUUGGUUCUAAUUAUUUUUUUUGAAAAAAAUGUAGGCCCUCAUUGAAUCUAUCUGGAACCGCUGUGCCGAUAGACUGCAUCUUCCGCGAAGCCCCUACGAUCGCCUAAGUGCUCGGAGGAGCAGUCUAGAGAGUGAGAAUAGGCUGAUUGAUUCUUUGGAUGAGGAUUGGGGGGAUGAUUCUUGAUUUUCUUUACCUUAUUUUACUUGGAGUGGCGUUGUGAAUUGUUACCGGUAUCUGUAUUAUAGGAUGGGUCGGCGGGCGGAUUGGGGGGAAGAGGUGGUAUGGGUAUGCAUUAGUUUUUAGCACUUAAUUUUAACGUUUUAUACUC